AUGCCGACGAUAUCUGUGGACAAGGCCGCUUUAUUCAAAGCGCUCGGUCAAGAAUAUACCACAGAGGAAUUCGAUGAGCUAUGCUUCGAAUUUGGCCUCGAAUUGGACGAAGAUGUACCAGACGCUGCAGCCUACUGCGCAUUGCAUCUCCCUGAUGCUAAAUAUCUUCCGCGGCCGAACCACUUUGCCCAAUUACCGACUGGUGACUCCACCAAACGGAGAGCUCCAAACACUGGUCGUAAAGGAAGAAUGCUGCGGAACAUCCAUUUCGACAAAGCCCGUUAUGACUCUUUCAUUGCCCUGCAAGACAAGCUGCACCAAAAUCUUGCGCGCCAAAGGACGUUGGUGUCCAUCGGUACGCAUGAUCUUGAUAUGCUACAGGGCCCAUUCAGUUAUGAAGCUCUGCCUCCUAAGGAAAUCAAUUUUGUGCCCCUAAAUCAAACCCAAUCGAUGAAUGGGGAGCAAUUGAUGGAUUUCUAUGAGAAAGAUAAGCAUUUAGGAAAAUAUCUUCAUAUCAUCCGUGACUCCCCGGUAUACCCGGUUAUCUACGAUUCGAAGAGAGUAGUGUGCUCGCUUCCUCCUAUUAUCAAUGGCGACCACUCCAAAAUUACCCUGAACACGAAGAACGUUUUCAUGGAGAUCACCGCCACGGAUAAGACCAAGGUGGAGGUCGUAAACAAUAUGAUGAUGGCUAUGUUUUCCCAGUAUACUUCGGAGCCUUUCACGAUUGAGCCUAUCAAGAUCAUAUCCGACCACAAUGGUCAGACUCGCCUGGCCCCCAAUAUUACGCCACGGUCAACCCAAGCAAGUAUCUCAUAUAUCAAUCAGUGCUGUGGCUUGGAACUUUCUGCGCAGGAAAUAUGCGAUCUGUUGAAGAAGAUGGCCUAUAUCGCACGACCUUCCAAGUCUUCUACUGACCUCAUUGAUGUCGAGAUACCCAUGACUCGUGCAGAUGUGCUUCACGAGGCUGAUAUUAUGGAAGAUGUCGCGAUAGCAUACGGCUUCAACGAGCUGCCGAGGUCUUUCCCCAGCAAAUCUGGAACUAUUGCACAACCUUUACCCGUAAACAAACUCACAGACAUCAUCCGCACCGAAGCUGCAAUGGCGGGAUGGUCGGAAGUUAUGCCAUUGAUCCUUUGCUCUCAUGAUGAGAAUUUCGCAUGGCUUAAUCGCAAGGACGAUGGCAACACCGCUGUGAAGCUUGCAAACCCUAAGACUGUGGAAUUUCAAGUGGUCCGAACCAGCCUUCUCCCUGGCCUUCUCAAGACCAUACGUGAGAAUAAAAGCCACAGUGUCCCGAUAAAGAUUUUCGAAGUAAGUGAUGUUGCGUUCAAAGACCUAUCUCUAGAACGCAAGAGUCGAAACGAAAGACAUUUUGCUGCCGCGUGGUAUGGAAGGACCAGUGGCUUCGAAGUCGUACAUGGUUUACUUGACAGGGUGAUGGCUAUGUUGAAGAGCGCAUUCAUCGUUGGCGAAGAGGGCCUCGACAAUCCAGAAGUCAGCGGCUCGCGAUACUGGAUUGAAGAAUUAGAAGGCCAUGCUGCAUCGAUACAUGUUUGCAUUGGAGGAAAAGAGCACAUCAUCGGUACUUUCGGCAUAUUACAUCCGACCGUGCUUGAGAAGUUUGAGUUGAAAUAUCCUGUGAGCACGCUUGAAAUGAACAUCGAGGUGUUCCUGUGA